AUGGCCGAGCCGCCCGUGGUACCUCCAAUCGAACCCCCACCACCGCCCGAGACGUCGCGUCCCCUCCACACGCUCCCCGCGCCUUUCUCCCAGGAUGCGCUCGAAAUAAUAACACAAGGCGCUGAGGCCCUUGUGUACAAGACUACUUUCCUCACGCCCCACACGCCCGUCGUUGUCAAAUACCGGCCACCAAAGCCAUACAGACAUCCUACCCUAGACAAGCGCCUUACAAAGCAGAGGUUACUAGCUGAGGCAAGAAGUCUUAUAAGGGUGAAGCGGGAUGGUGUCAAUGUACCAGGGGUGACUGGCGCGGACUGGGAUGCGGGAUGGUUGGUAUUGGAGUAUGUGGAUGGCAGGACUGUGAGGAAAGUGUUGGACGGGUGGGCACAUCAAGUAACGCAGAGAGAAAAAGAGAAGAAAUACACAGAGACUAGAGGUGGAGAGACAGCCGAGAGCAGUAACGCAGAAGCACAGGAAGGACAGGAAGAGAUACUAGACCUGAUGCGAAGGGUAGGACGGGAAGUAGGCAAGCUACACGAACUGGGAGUAUGUCAUGGGGACCUCACAACAAGCAACAUCAUGUUACGAACACCCAACACCCUCCGCGAAGCAGCCAUGAACGGCGAAGAACCUCCAGACCUACCUCCCGCGAACCCUCCGCAAGAGUCCAAUACCACCUCGCUAGCUGGCGACAUUUUUCUCAUCGACUUCGGUCUCACAACAGCUAGCAUACAAGACGAAGACAAAGCUGUUGAUUUGUACGUCCUUGAGAGGGCGUUCUCAGCUACACAUCCAGCUGCGGAGCCGCUAUUCCAGGAAGUGCUUAAGGCGUAUGGGGAGUGUGGCAAGGGCGCGAGGGGUGUACUAAAGAGGUUAGAAGGGGUUAGAUUGAGGGGAAGGAAGAGGAGUAUGUUAGGUUGA